AUGGAUGAGAGUGCAGCCCAAAAAGAUGGUGAUCAUGGUGGAAACAUGACCAAAGAAUCAAGUCAACUGGUGGGGACAACCCCAAGACCAGUUGGCUGUCCAAGUAAAACAGAAAAAUUUAAUCUGAUGAACAAUUUGGAUGCAAACAAACAAAAACGGUCUCACCGUUUGAGUAACAAGGUGCUGCAGGCGCACGACUACUCCUCCAUCUCAAUGAUGUACUCGUUCCUUGUAUGGAACGCACUGUCAACCCCCAGUGACCUACAGUAUGAACCAGAGUUAGGACGACUACAAAGAACUAAUAGGAAGCGUUUGAUCGCGAGGAAGACACAAGACGCAUCGAGUUCCAGUUCUGCUGAAGAACCAGUCAUGGCAGAGGAUAACCAAAAUCCACCAGAAGAACUGAUGAACCACUUCCUAAAUCCUAAUUUCUCGCAUCCGACUGCGAGAGACCCGAUCGAAGACCUAAACCGCCAUAUUUCUAAAUUCUUACAGUUGUGUAACCUCAUUAAAGCUAAUGGGGUACCUGCUGAAUCAAUCCGACUGAUGCUUUUUCCUUUCUCCUUAAAAGGAAGAGCACUUAAUUGGUUGGAAUUGCAACCUGCUGAUAGCAUCUCCACGUGGGAAGAAUUAGUUGAAAAAUUUCAAAAGAAGUUUUUCCCACUCUCCCGAUUCUCUGAGCUGAAAGAACAGAUUGGAAACUUCAAGCAGCUCGAAAGGGUUAGGUUGACAUAUCGAGGAAGCAUCAGAGAAAUCACUCCAACUAGGGCUAUUGAGCUAAUUGAGAAGAUGGCAUCUGAAGAUAACGAGGUCACACCAGUUCAACCUAAGAGAGGAGUUAUGCAGUUAGAAGGGUAUGAUGCUUUGUUAGCCAAACAAGACAUGAUGGAUCAAAGGCUAGAUUCACUUGUUAAGCUCUUUACCCAAAAUCAAAUCUCUGCAGUUAAUUUGCAAUUUCCUGUAGGCGAUACUUGUGGCGGACCUUAUAGUGCUGAUAAAUAUGAGGCUAUGGUUACUAUAAACCCAGCUCAGGUGAAUUCUCUUUGGUACGACCAGCGUAGGGAGAACAAUCCUUACAACAACACUUAUAAUCCUGGCUGGAGGAACCAUUCUACACUGUCAUAUAAUCAAGGAGCACCACAACAAGCUAAUAUGAGAAGUCAACCAGCACAAUCUAAUCAGAAAGCAGCUUGGGAAGUUGCAUUCGAAAAGAUGGCUCAAUCUCAAGCAAAUUUCGUAGAAGAAACUAGAGCAUCUUUAAAGAAUCAAGAAGCUUCCAUAAAGAAUCUGGAAAUUCAGAUUGGUCAGCUUGCCAAACAGAUGGCUGAGAGGCCUCCAGGAACCUUCCCUAGUACUACAAUUAUUAAUCCCAAGGAACAAUGUAAUGCCAUCAUUACAAGGAAAAGUUUGGAAAUACCAAUAGCUGCACCGAGACCAUUAAAUGAUACCCCAUGUAAGAAAGUAAUAAAGAAGCUUUCUUUAGAGGAAAGGAUUAAAUCACUUGGAGAUAAUCCUUAUGUUAAGGCUCCUUAUCCUCAGAGGUUGCAGCAGCACGAGCAGAAGAAAAAUUUCUCUAAAUUCUUAGAGAUUUUUAAGAAGCUGCACAUCAAUAUCCCCUUUGCGGAAGCUUUAGAGCAAAUGCCAUCAUAUGCUAAGUUCCUAAAAGAGAUCCUAACCAAGAAGCGGAAGCUCACAGUAGAAGGAUCCACUAUUUUGACAGAGGAGUGUAGUGCAAUCACGCAGAAGAAUUUACCUCCGAAAUUAAAGGAUCCGGGGAGUUUUAGUAUCCCUUGCACGAUUGGCUCGAUGACAAUAGAGAGAUUUUUAUGUGAUUUAGGUGCAGCAUCAACGUAA